GCGCCCGCGGGGAUCGGCGCGUCUACCCCCGGACCCCUGAGGCAGGCGCGCCGGGAACCCUGCAGACCCCCGGCACCUGAGGCCGGAGGGGCGCUCCCCUCCCCGUAGCCCGGCCCGGGGCGGGGUCUGCAGGCGACGCGGGGCAGCAGGCCGGACGGGGCCUGGUGCUCCCGCCCUCGGCCGUCCACGUGACGGGAAGCGGCGGGGCCGGGCUGGAGCCGGGGCCGGGGCCGGGGCCCAGGAGCGCGCAGCCCGGGGCGCGGGGCCCGGAGCAGCCGGAGCGCGGGCCGGUCAGCCGCAGACAUGAUGAGCACCAAGGCGUUCACCCUGGUCCCCGCCGUCGAGCGGGAGCAGCUGAUGGGCGACAGGGAAUGGGUGUCACUGGAGUGUGUGGAGUGCUGCGGCCGGAACCUGUACGUGGGCACCAGCGACUGCUUCGUGUACCACUUCCUGCUGGAGGAGAAGACCGUGCCCGGCGGGUCGGCCACGUUCACGGCCACCAAGCAGCUGCACAGACACCUGGGUUUCAAGAAGCCGGUGAAUGAGCUGCGGGCGGCGUCGGCCCUCCACCGGCUGCUGGUGCUCUGUGACGGCUGCAUCACCCUGGUCCACAUGCUGAGCCUGGAGCCCGUGCCCUCGGGCGCCCGUAUCAAGGGGGCCACGGCCUUUGCCUUGAAUGAGAACCCGGUGAGCGGAGACCCCUUCUGCGUGGAGGUCUGCAUCAUCUCCGUCAAGCGCAGAACCAUCCAGGUGUUCCUGGUGUACGAGGACCGCGUGCAGAUCGUCAGGGAGGUGUCCACUCCGGAGCAGCCCCUGGCAGUGGCGGUGGACGGCCACUUCCUGUGCCUGGCCCUGACCACCCAGUACAUCAUCCUCAACUAUAGCACGGGCGUCGCCCAGGACCUGUUUCCCUUCUGCAGCGAGGAGAAGCGGCCCAUCGUCAAGAGGAUAGGGAGACAGGAGUUCCUCCUGGCAGGCCCCGGCGGAUUGGGCAUGUUUGCCACGGUGGCCGGGAUAUCUCAGCGCGCGCCCGUGCACUGGUCAGAGAACGUGGUUGGGGCAGCCGUCUGCUUCCCAUACGUCAUUGCCCUCGACAGCGAGUUCAUCACCGUUCACAGCAUGCUGGACCAGCAGCAAAAGCAGACCCUGCCCUUUAAGGAAGGUCACAUCCUCCAGGAUUUUGAAGGAAGACUGAUCGUCGCCACGAGUAAAGGAGUUUACGUCUUGGUUCCAUUACCUCUGGAAAAACAAAUACAGGAUCUUCUAGCAAGCCGGAGAGUGGAGGAGGCUCUGGUUCUAGCAAAAGGCGCCCGGAGGAACAUUCCGAAGGAAAAAUUUCAGGUCAUGUACCGGCGGAUCCUGCAGCAGGCGGGCUUCAUACAGUUUGCGCAGCUUCAGUUCCUGGAGGCUAAAGAACUCUUCAGAAGCGGCCAGCUCGACGUGCGGGAGCUGAUCUCCCUGUACCCCUUCCUGCUGCCCACGUCCUCCUCGUUCACCCGGUCCCACCCUCCUCUGCACGAGUUUGCAGACCUCAACCAGCUGACCCAGGGCGACCAGGAGAAGGUGGCCAAGUGCAAGCGCUUCCUCAUGAGCUACCUGAACGAAGUCCGCAGCACGGAGGUGGCCAACGGCUACAAGGAGGACAUCGACACGGCUCUGCUCAAGCUGUACACGGAGGCUGACCACGACAGCCUGCUGGACCUCCUGGUCACCGAGAACUUCUGUCUGCUCACCGACAGCGCCGCCUGGCUGGAGAAGCACAAAAAGUACUUUGCACUGGGGCUGCUCUAUCAUUACAACCACCAAGACGCUGCUGCCGUUCAGCUGUGGGUGAGCAUCGUCAACGGGGAUAUUCACGACUCCACGCGCUCAGACCUGUACGAGUACAUCGUGGAUUUCCUCACCUACAGCCUCGACGCAGACCUCGUGUGGCAGUAUGCUGACUGGGUCUUGCAGAAAAAUCCGGAGGUUGGAGUUCAAGUUUUCACCAAGAGACCUGUGGACGAACAGCAGAGUAGAUUUAACCCAGAUGAUAUCAUCAGUUGCCUUAAGAAAUACCCGCAAGCCCUGGUCAAGUACCUAGAACAUCUGGUCAUGGACAGGAGACUGCAGAAGGAGGGGUACCACACGCACUUAGCCGUCCUCUACCUGGACGAGGUGCUGCAGCAGAGGCCCAGCGCCAGUGGCAAGGAUGCAGAAGUGACCGAGACGCAGGCGAAGCUACGACGCCUGCUCCAGCAAUCCGAUUUGUACCAAGUCCACUUUCUGCUGGACAGGAUCCGGGGCGCCGGGCUCCCCAUGGAGAGCGCCAUCCUGCUCGGGAAGCUGGAGCAGCACGAGGAGGCCCUGCGCAUCCUGGUCCACGAGCUGGCCGACUUCCCGGCAGCGGAGGGCUACUGCCUGUGGCGCUCCGAGGGCCGGGCCCCGCCCUACCGCCGGCAGCUCUUCCAGCUGCUGCUGGCCAUCUACCUGGGCCCCGGCCCCUCUGCGCCCGAGCUGGCCGUGGCCGCCGUGGACCUCCUGAACCGCCGUGCCACCGAGUUCGACGCGGCCCAGGUCCUGCAGCUGCUGCCGGGCACGUGGUCGGUGCAGCUGCUCUGCCCGUUCCUGACGGGGGCCGUGAGGGACAGCGUCCACGCCCGGAGGACCACUCAGGUGGCUAUGGGCCUGGCCAAGUCCGAAAACUUGAUCUACAAGUACGACAAGAUGAAGCUGAAAGGAAGCUCAGUUCGGCUCUCGGACAAAAAGCUUUGCCAGAUGUGCCGAAACCCCUUUUGCGAGCCCGUGUUUGUUAGGUAUCCCAACGGUGGUCUCGUCCAUACCCACUGUGCGGCCAGCAGGCACACGAACCCCAGCUCCCCCAGCCCCGGGGCUCGGACUUGAAGAGGCUGGGCCGAGGGCGCCUUACCAAGCCGGCCAGGUGCACAGAGUAGGCGGCCGCGUCAGCCGCCAUCUGGUGCCGGGGGGCUUCAGUCGUGGGAAAUGGGAUGCGGCCGACCCCCUGCAUCGGAUGGAAAUGGAUAAUCCCCGAAAUAGAGACAGGCCAGAUUCACCCGUCCAGGGACAUCGCCACCCAAAACAGAUGUCUGCUCUGAAAGGAAAUGAGCCUUCCUGUGCCACCCGGACAAACCAGACCCCGCACCCCGAGCCCCGAUCUGUAGACACGUAUUUGCACUGGAAACGUUUGCUCCGGUGGCACGGAGGG